CUGCAUUGUAUUCUAAACUCCUGAAUCUCGCUGAACUCUCUCUGGCUGCUGCUCGCGCGUCCUGAAUGUAAAGUGUGUCCUCUGCUCGAAGCUGCUCUGUCUGUGACCCCUGACCUCGCUCACACGAUCUGAGCAGUGAUGCAGUGAUUAGAAUCCAGCUGUCUGUCAGAAGCGACGGGUGAUGCAUGCUCUCACACCUCUAACACUGAAUCCAUCGCAAGAGGGAGACAGUCGCCUUGGUAACAGCAGGAUCGGUGCAGCCUCAGCACCAGCUGCAGAGCAUCCAUCAGUCCUCAGUGAUCCUCACUACUGCUAAACAUCAGCACCACACAGGCUGGUUCUGACCAGAUAAAACCCAGGAUGUGAUCGAGUGGCAGAUCUGAAAGACUGAGACGAGGCCUUCAGCUCCAGAUGUUCCUCAGUCACGCAUCUGGACUGGAGGAACAACAUCCGCAUCUCUCUGAAGAGGUGAAGAGUCUCAGAGACGGACACUGAGCAGAAAGACUGCUCCCGUUCAUUCAGCGCCGGGAGACGUGUGUGUGUGUGUGUGUGUGUGAGCGGCUCGGGGAUCGGGAGAACAGCAGGGCUGCUGUGGACCGGAUUCACGAAGCAUUCGACGGAAGAAAGGACACCUAUGGAAACUGGAGACCAGAAUUUUAGGAAAAAGGCGAGCGAGUGAUUUCACGCUUCAAUCUUUAUUUAUUUUUUCUCUAAUAGGCGAUCCGCUUUUGUCUGUAAUAAGCACCAGGAUGGACUGAUUUCACUGACGCGUUUUUGAAUCCAUCCCUGAAUGUUAGACUCAUGGAUGCGCGUGCUCGAGCGCCGGACCGGAUGCGGUUUUCACCGGGAGCCGUCGGUCUCUCCCUCGUGCCCUCAGUAGACAGCUGCAUCGACUGAGUGAAGAUGAGUUCAUCACUUGCCAGUGUGCUGCUUGGAGAGUCACUCCUCUGAUAGCACACGUGUGUCCUGGAGACGUCAGCAUUUAACUCUGCAAUACGUGUAAAGGACGUUUCCUGUCAGAUAAAGCUCGAUUAGAUGUCUUUAGAGUUAGAAUGCAUGUAAAACCGACAUCUGUCAGAUGUUUGUGCACAGCAGACGCUUCUCAGAUGGAGAGACAUGUUCUGUCUGGGUCAAGUUGAUCUCUUGAUGAGUUGCAGUAGUAUGUAAGUGUUAGUCUUCCUUCUCGUUCAGGUCACAAACCCUCGAGGGCCCUCGCCCCGUUUCUUCUUAUUUUUUUUGUCCUCUGAAGUCCACCAAUAUUUAUUUCCUGUACAUCAAGAGGAAAGGGGGCUCCCCUUUCGUUGAGAGCAGCACCAUGGGUGUGUUUGAGCGGGGCGUCCAGAUGCUCCUGACCACGGUGGGUGCCUUCGCUGCCUUCAGUCUGAUGACCAUCGCGGUCGGGACGGACUACUGGCUCUACUCACGCGGGGUCUGUAAAAUAAAGACUAGUAACGAGAACGAGACCGGCAAGAAGAACGAGGAGGUGAUGACCCAUUCUGGGCUGUGGAGGACCUGCUGUCUGGAAGGUAAUUUUAAAGGCAUGUGUAAACACAUUGAUCACUUUCCUGAAGAUGCCGACUAUGAAGCCGAUGCAUCAGAGUAUUUCCUGCGUGCGGUCCGGGCCUCCAGUAUCUUCCCCAUCCUCAGUGUCAUCCUGCUGUUCAUGGGGGGUCUCUGUGUCGCCGCCAGCGAGUUCGACAAGAAUCGACACAACAUCAUCCUCAGCGCAGGAAUCUUCUUCGUAUCCGCAGGUCUGAGUAACAUCAUCGGGAUAAUCGUGUACAUAUCAGCCAACGCGGGCGACCCGUCCAAGAGCGACUCGAAGAAGAACAGCUACUCGUACGGCUGGAGCUUUUACUUCAGCGCGCUGUCCUUCAUCAUGGCGGAGAUGGUGGGUGUCCUGGCCGUCCACAUGUUCAUCGACCGGCACCGGGAGACACGCGCGCCUCGCGCUCGGACCGGCGGAGGAGGAGACUAUCUGCAGGGAUCCGCCAUCAGCAGAAUCCCCAGCUACCGCUUCCGUUACCGGCGUGAGUCGCGCUCCUCCAGCCGCUCCACCGAGCCCUCGCACUCACGUGACGCUUCUCCCGUGGGACUGAAGGCCUUCGGAGCGCUGCCCUCCACCGACAUCUCCAUGUACACUCUCGGCCGCGGCGGAGACACGCUCAAGACUCCACACGGGUCUCCACCGAUGUACAACUCCGACAGAGAGCCGGACUUCCUCCAGGUGCACAACUGCAUCCAGAAGGACUCGAAGGAUGCCAACCGGCGCACCACACCUGUAUGAGAGCAGCGCCCCCUGCAGGGGAUGACGAGGUCACACGUCACAGGACAGAAACGUGAAAUGCAUGAUUUUCUUAUCUUCCGUAAACUAACAUGUUUUCAACUUUCUGACGAAUCGGAGCCACAGCGUUUGGACUGAGAGCUCUUGAAAUCUCUUCUCUUCACAUUUGUUUUAUUCUGUUGUGCAUAAAUACUGUGAACCUCUGUGAGCCCAGGGAAGACAAAACGAUCCCGGCCGAGAUUUAUAUGUCAUUAUAAACAUACUACUGACUAAAUAUAUAUAUUUAAAUAUAUGAAAAGAUACAUACAUGAAUUUAUGAACAUUGUUAAUAAACCACACACAGACUUCUUGAUUCAAGAAGAAGCAAAAGAACAAACGAGCGAAUCAGAAGUCAAUAAAAUCAUCAUGGAUAAUAAGAGCUUGAUUUGUGUCGACUCAUUUGCAUGUGUUUGAUUAAACCAUCCUCAAAAAUAGUUUCUAGACUGGAGCAGCAUCUCGUUUCUGUCACCAUGGCAACACCAGAGCUGUCACUCAAUCCAGGAGAAACAAAGUAACUGGAGUUAUCUGUUUGAUAAAGUAACUCCGAUGUUUCCUUCUAAAUUAUAAAAGUCAUCU